AUGAAAAUCAAAAUAUAUAAACUUUCGAUUAUUCAUCUGACAUUUGUUUUAUUACUUUUCAAUUGGACCUUUGCGGUCAAGCAAUCUUCACAUAAUGUUCUCGCAAAUGCAUUUCAUGUUAGAUUUACUUCUUCACCUUUCACUUCAUCUGCCGAGCAUAUUGAAUCCCAACAUGCAAAUUUUCAUAAAGAGAUAAAUAAACGUGGAAUCGAUGUCAAAAUUAAAGAAUCAUUCAAACGAUAUGCAAACGUAAUUAGCAUCGAAACUGAUGAACGUAAUGUAAAGAGAAUCGCUGAAAUCGAGCACAUUGAAAGUAUUGAACCCGUGAAAAUUUAUAAACGAUAUAAUCCAAUUAAGCCAAUCGAAAUUAAUAAAAAAAAAUCGAAUAAGGAUGCCGAAUAUCCUCUUAAUGGAACAGUUCUAAUUGCUCCUAAUAAUGAUAUUAAUGCUAUUCAUGAAAUUACCGGUGUCAAGAAGGUUCACGAAAUAUUAAAAGUCUCAGGAAAAGGUGUCAGAGUCGGAAUCCUUGAUACAGGCAUUGAUUAUACACAUCCUGCUCUUGGGGGAUGUUUUGGACCAGGAUGUAGAGUAGCAUUUGGCUAUAAUUUUCUCGAUGAUACGAACGAUCCGUAUGAUAAUUGUGAUGGACAUGGAACUUUUGUAGCAGGAAUUAUUGGAGGUAAUGAUCUAAGAGAUGACGGACCUGGAUUUGUAGGCGUAGCACCUGAUGUAAUUUUUGGAGCAUAUAAAUUAACUCCUUUGGAUUGUCCAACAAAUGAUGAGGAUGUCAAUUAUGAAGGCGUAAUUAUAAAUGGACAAGAAAUUAUCGACAUUAUAGAAACCUUAAUUAUGAAAGCUAUUACCAAGGCUGUCGAUGAUGGAAUGGAUAUCAUAAAUAUGUCUAUAGGAUAUGAGGGUGAUAAUAGAAGCCCUCUUGCAAAUAUGAUCAAUGAGUUGUCUGUACAUAGAGGAAUAAUAUUCAUAGUGGCAGCAGGGAAUAAAGGCGCAUUGGGCGUAUUUACUAGCAUGACGCCAUCGAAUAUUCAAAAUACUAUUAACUAUAUUACAAAAGGUGCAAUGGCAUUUACGGUCCAAAGAGCUAAAGUUAAAUUGCUUCCAAUGGAUAAAUGUUUAAAUGAUUAUAAAGAAUUUAAUAAUGCAGUAGUUAUCAUAGAUUUUAGAGGUGAUAUACCAUGUUCCGAUAUACUAGAUUAUUUGGACAACGAAAACCUUAAUCCACUCGGACGAUUAGCAAUUCUUCCUGAUAUCGUUGAAGGAAUUGUAUUGGACUUGGGAAAUAACGCAAUCAUUGAUUCGAGACAAGCCGAUAGUUUACUUAAUUAUCUAAAAACAAAUAAAGACUUGGAAUUAGAUUUUUCUGAUAAGUAUGGAUACAUGGAAUUUGAACCAUAUUCCGUAGUUCCCUCAGUAUUUUCAAGUUGGGGUUUGAGUGAAGAGUUUAAUAUCAAGCCUGAAAUUUCCGCACCCGGACAAAUGAUGAUUUCAACCUUUCCAGUGGAUUUGUCACCUUAUGCAAUAGAAUCUGGAACAAGUUUUUCAUCACCAUAUGUGGCAGGCAUAGCAGCCUUAUAUAUUGAAACAUUUGGAAAGCAACAGUCUAUCGAACAACUGAAAACUUCAUUCAUGAAUUACGCUGUUCCUAAUAUAGAUCGCAAUAAUUUACUAGCUCCGGUGUUGAUUCAAGGCGCAGGACUCGUUGACGCUUUUGGAGUGUUGAAAGCCACCAGCUUUGUCUAUCCUCCAAAAAUUAAUUUGAAUGAUUCUGUUCAUUUUAAUGGGCUUCAAAAAUUAAAUGUUUACAAUAGCGGAAGAAAAGAGAUGAAAUAUAAAUUAUCACACUUGCCAGCUCAAAGUUUUAAUGGAUAUAAUAAAACAUUUGAAAGAAAUUAUUUAAACUUGGAAUAUUUUACAAACCAAGAACAAUAUGCUAGAGUUGUAUUUGAUUAUGAUCAAAUUGCUGUACCACCUGGAUCAAGUGUUGAGGUCUCUGUGUCUUUUACUUUGCCAAAGGAACUACCUAAGGAUGGACAUUUGUUUUAUAGUGGAUGGAUUGAAAUAAUUCCUAUAGAUGAGAACAUGCCUAUGAUGACGGUUCCUUAUGGUAAAUUAAUUUUUUGCAUAUAUCCACCAUUUGAACAUUCUAAUGUUAAUUUCUCAACCGUUUUUAUUCAUAUAGCUGGGUUAGCUGAUGAUGCAAGAUCGCUUCCAAUAUUUCAAACUCCAUCAUUUCCUAGACUUCUUAAUUCAACUGAAGGUGCUAUUACCGAGGAGGAUCCGAUUGAAACAUAUUCCUUAAAACCUUUUAACAUUACUCUUCUCUUAUAUGAUUAUCCAUUUUUAAAUCUUAAUCUUGCGACUCCAACACAAAACAUUAUCACCGAAAUACUUGAUGUUAAUCGAAAGCCGUUAGGAUGGGUUAAAGAAUUUACUGGAAUUAAAUAUCGAAAAAGUCCAGUAAUAGUAUUUGUUUAUUGGGAUGGACUUAUUUAUAAUAAUCUUGGUGAUGUAACAGAACCUGGUACACCCGCUCCUGAUGGAAUAUAUUUAUUUAGAAUUAAAGCGUUAAAGAUGUAUGGUGAUAUUAAUAACGAGAAGGAUUAUGAAUCUUGGGUUAGUCCUAAAUUUAGAAUUAAGAGAAGUGCAUAA